AUGGCACCUCAUGGCAAAGAACUCUCUGAGGAUCUGAAAAAAAUAAUUGCUGCUCUACAUCAAGAUGGCCUAGGUUAUAAGAAGAUUUCCAAGACCCUGAAACUGCGCUGCAGCACAGUGGCCAAUACCAUACAGCGGUUUAACAGGACUUGGUUCUACUCAGAACGGGCCUUGCCAUGGUCGACCAAAGAGGUUGAGUGCACGUGCUCAGUGUCAUAUCCAGAGGUUGUCUUUGGGAAAUAGACAUAUGAGUGCUUCCAGCAUUGCUGCAGAGGUUGAAGGGGUAGGGGGUCAACCUGUCAGUUCUCAGACCAUACGCCGCACACUGCAUCAAAUUGGUCUGCAUGGCUGUCAUCUCAGAAGGAAGCCUCUUUUAAAGAUGAUGCAACAAUGGUGUCAAGCGUGCGUGGUGGCAACCAGGUGAGGAGUACAAACACAAGUGUGUCUUGCCUACAGUCAAGCAUGGUGGUGGGAGUGUCAUGGUCUGGGGCUGC